CAAAGUUGUCACCACUACCAUAAUCACUGCAUCUUUUUGCAGUUUGUUCGGAUCCAUUUUUCGAUUAUUAUAUUAUAACUGAGCGCAGUAACAGUUUCGCAGCAUCAAUGGUGGAAGCAGAUCGUGAUGCUUUUCCAUCGUACCUUCGAGUCCUGCCAGAUUUCCAUGUUAUCCUCUGCACAACCCACGGCUGCUGCUAUACACGACAGAACCUCUCCAGACAUCUUUUAGAGAAGCAUCAGAUAAAACGUAGAGAACGGCAGAGGAUUGAAUCAUCGAGUCGAUUGAACGACGUCGCUACCUCUAUUGCUGAUGUUGUACAGCCUCGAGAUGGUACUAACGAGAUUCGCGGGCUGCCGGCCGCACUGGGCUUCCUCUGCCACUUCCCUGACUGCGACUUUCGUUCGAUUAACGGCGACCGGAUUCGGAAACACUAUAAUGAAGUGCAUCAGUGGAAAGUUUUGCAGCAAGGGGCUAUGCCAUGGAAUGAAGCAUACAUGCAAACGUUAUUUCAGCAGAAGCAAUACCAACAGCACUUUUCAGUAGUUCUGGCAGACCAAGUCCACCAGUCCGCUACCCCACAAUAUAUAUAUCCCCGGGCCAAUGCACCAAAUAAUGUCGCCCCAGCUUCUACCCGCUGGUAAGUACCUAUCUGUUUCUUUACCUCGUGUGAAUAUGACCAUAUACGAAUCUUUUCCUAUAUUCCAGUGACGUCCAAUCAUCUCCCCCCAUUGUUCCUGAUAAUGCAUGGGAUCAAAUUAUGGAACGGUACCGAGCUGGACUUCAACAGCAACG